GAGAGAGCCCGGGGCUCGGAGGUCUCUCGGGAGAGGGAGGCAGUCCGGGGCACGGGGACAGCUCGGGGCACGGAAGUGUCUUGGCUCGGGGACGGCACGCACUGCCCCCGGACAUCUGCCCCUCACUCCCCACAGCACUUGGGAGCGCCGGGGCCGCACCAAGGGCGGGUUCUCCGUGUUACAGCAGUGCCCCUGCCUGUUUAUUGCUCGCUCAGCAGUGUUCCUGGGUCCAGGCUGCAGCCUGGUUUCAGUCCCGACACUUUGAGGAGGAUGGAAAACCCAACCUGCUGGUGGGUGGAUCUGUUCACCGGUAUAUGCCAGAGCAAGGGUUGGAGGAAUUCUGCCAACUUCUUGUGGAGAACCAGUUGCAUCCAGUAAUGCAUAUUGGUAUGCCUUCUGGGACGUUGAGGUGAUCACAAAAGAAGCAAGCAAAAAAUGAUGGAGAAAGUACCCAGACUGCCAGGAGGGUCCUUUCAAGGAAUCCAACACUCCCCCACUCCUCCUGACAAGGUGAGCUCCACAUCCAUCUCACAUGUCCAGUGCUGCCACUCAGCCAAUAAAGAUUCCUGCAGCUCUGUGCUGCCAAGAUGUCCAGUAACACACUGUCGUGUUUGUGCCUGGAACCCAGGUCCCUUUUGCAUGCCCUUGAUACCCUCAGCAAAAAGAAAUUUCAUUGGUUCAUCCCUGGAGGCUUCCCGUGUCCUGAAGGGGGCUCGUGUGUUGGCAAGGAGAGAAACUGAUGGCUAUUACUACCUGGGCCACCUUGUCCAGGAGGUGAAGGGCUCCAGGGAAGGCUUUUUAGUUGAGUUUGACCAAAGUUGUGCUCUGAAGGGCAAGGUCGAGCCUGGCCGGCAGGAAACGCCCCUCUAUGACAUUCUGCACUAUGAAGAUGCCCGGCGACAGCCUCUUGCUCCAGGGGACAAGGUCUUGGCACCAUGGGAGACUCCAGCCAAACGUUUUGGCCCUGGCACUGUGCUAAGGGUUGUGGAGAACACAGAGGCACCUUUAGCACACAAUGAAAGGGGAGUGCUUGUGAAUUUCUGGAAUGGGCAGACUAUGGAGGUCUCUUCUGCCCAAGCUCUGCGGAUUCCUCUACCCCUAAGCGAACGCAUCAUCCUGGAGCUGCAGAUGCCUUUAGCAGCCAGGCAGAUGGUGGUAGAUUCAAGCUUGGAUUACCCAUACCUUGUGGCACCAGGUUAUAGAGCCUCAGGGCACUACAGACAGGGUCACCUGGGCCUGGAUUGCUGCCCAGAGGCUCUGUAUUCCACUCAUCCCUGUGCCAAGUGCAGCUGGGGGUGUACCUUUCUUCCCCAGUGCUGCCUUGGAGCCUGGGAACCCACACGGCCUGCAGAGUGCAAAGUGCGGCAGGAAAAUGCCUUCAUCCCGAGAGCAAGCCUGACUGAAGAAAAGCUCAGGAAGAAAAUUAAACAGGAACUGUCUGAAUUGAGGAUUGCUUCUUCAGAAAGUGUUUCCAGAGAGGAAGAGAAGAGAUUAGAGACAGAAAACAUUCCAGAAGAUGUUAGGUCUUGUUUGGAAAAGGACCAUGAGGUUAUAGAAACUGAGAAGGGCCCUCAGAGGGAGAUGGCUCAUGCUGUGGUUGAUGCUGCUGUCAACACAGACAGCUGGUUAAUGGAGACAGAUCACAAGGAAGAAGCAGAGAGCAGACAGCAGGAUGCUGAAACUGAAGCUAAUUUUGAACUUGAGCAUGGCCUUUUUGAGUCCAGAGUGGCAGACGCUCCAGUCCAGCAUUCCCAGAGGAGCCCUUCCCUGGGAAGCAGUGCUUUGGUUCCUUUCAGGUGCCAGAGCUUUUUUGCCCAGGUGAAUCAAUCACUGGAGAAAGACAGCCUGACCAUCAGAUCAGCCCUUCAUGUGCAGAGACCCCACAGUACCAGCCACCUGCUGGCUGGGAGAUCCACACAUCUCCCAAACCUUCUAAAAGACAAAAUCAUCACAAAAUCAUUCCUUAGUCAUGCAUCUCAGAAGAAGUGGAAGGAGCUGGACUUCAGCAGAGCAAAGAUUGAGCACAAAAGGUGGCAAGAAGAACAGAGGCAGCUGAAGAGGGAGCAGCAGAAAGAGGCAGAUGGCACCUGACGCCAGCUGCACAGGGACAGCCAGAGGUGACAAUUGCAUCAGAGAAUAUUGCAAGGGCUGGAGAAACAGCUGGAACCCAAAGAGAGAGCUUUGCAGCACAAGGCACUGCUCCAGGCUGCUGGAGCUGAGAGGAGCAGGAAGGAAUCCUUCUUUCAGGGGGAGGAGGAGAGGAAGGCAAGGCAGAGGCUUCAGUUCUUAAAGACACGGCGUUUGCAGGGAGAGGAGUUGCAGGCAGAAAGCAACAAAAGGAGCUGUGAACAAGAGAAAGAAAUGCUGCAGAUCCACGUCCAUGAUGGGGUCCCCAGAGCUGGACAGAGAUGAAAAGUGAAGAUGAAAUUUGGCAUGAAGGCUGACUGUAGAGACAUUCAAAGUUUUGAAUGUCUUUAUGUAGGAGUUGCUGAGGAGCAGAAUGCAAUCAUGGCAGGAAGUGCUGGAACAAGAAUCCCAGGAGCAGGACAAACAGCAAAAGCAGCACCAGGCUGCCAAAGUGAGAGUGUUCCAGAAGAGAGAGAGUUCUCAUCUGAAGAUGAAAAAAGAAGGCCAGAAACUCUGUGCCCUGCAGCAGUACUUCUGCGAACAGAAGCUCCUGCUGCUCCAGGCAUCCCUGCUCGCCUAAGGAAGCUGCACAGUGGGUGAGCAGGGCCUGGAGCAGUUCACAGACCUGCUGUGUCCUGUCAACUGUGAGUCAGUGUGCCAGAGCAGAGUCGUGACGGGUGUCAUUUGGAUUCCUGGAGAGGUCUCUAAUCUCUCUGUCACUGCAGCCAGAGUGCAGUUCCACUGCUCUGUCCUUGACCUGCCUUUCAUCCUGGGGUCACUGGCUUCCCCCUCCCCUGAGAGGGAGCAGCAGGGGAUAUCUAGAGGCACUUCUCUGCAUCAGAAAGGAGGGGUUUUUUAGUGCAUUGCACUGUGGUGAGUGGAGGCGCCAAAGGAGAGGAGGAGGAGGUUAAGCAUGUCACAUCCUGAAGUGCUCCCUCUUCCUCUUAUCAUCUGUGGUACAAAAUUCCCUGUGGCUGUGCCACAGGAAAUGCACUGAUCAGCUCUGGGUAACCAGAAAUUUCAACCAGGUAUUUAAAGGAGAAUGGACAUAGCACAAUUCAUUUGCUGAAACAGCCAGGGCUAUAUGGAAAUAUCUUUAUUUUACACAGAAUUAUGCUAAAAUGAAUACAAUAUAUGUGAUACCUUGUUUCAAGUAAUGCCUAGAAACAAACUGGAUACAAAAUUUCAAUUUGGCCUGACAGUCUGUGUACACUUGGAAACAUGAUACACAUUUUCUGGCACAUUAUAAAAAAUUAUGCCUCCUUCUAGAAUACAGCAACAGUGAUAAUGGCAGUUUCUUAAAAAAAACAAAGAAAAAAGUAAAAUUAAGAAAACUUGUAAAAGGGAGCUCCUUUGAAAUCCUGCCAAAUAUGAAUAGCCAGCAGUUUCCAAGCAGUAAGUGUCAGAAUGCAUUCCUCCAGGGAUAACAGAGAGGCUAUGCCUUCAGCUUUUCCCUAAAAAGACAAAGUUAAGUCUCUCAUCCAGAUGUUUACAAACUACUAUGAGACCUUAAUAGCUAAAUGGGUAUUUUUAAAUUUCAGGAUCCAUAAUGUAGGUGCAUGAGCCAUCCUGAGAUUUUUGCUUAAAGAAAAAAAAAAAAAAGGAAAAAGGAAAGAUGAACUUAAAUAGACGUUGAAGGCUUUAACAAACAAAAUGUCAGAGUUAAGGUCUGAAAAAAGUGUAACUUGCUUGAGAUUAUGGAAACUACAUGUGCGGUACAGUUUUGCAUUUUAGACAUGAAAUCCCAUCAUUUGGAACAGUUUCCACUCGGUUGAGUGUCUGGAAAAGUUGGCUGGAAUUUGCUGAGCAAGAACAUGGAUGGUUGUGCCCCAGACCUGGCACAGACCCUGCUGAGGGAACAUGGGUGCCAGUGGCACAUGAAGCUUUUCUUCAGGGUAAUGUUAGGGGGGGUUGCUUCUCUUCUUGUUUGGGUUCUUUCUUACAUAAAGUCUUGUGCUGGAUAGGACGAUGCUCUGCCUGCUUAUGACUCUAACUAGACUUAAAGAAACAAGCCUCAAACUUAGAAGGUGUUAAACUCUACUCCUGCUUUUAUUCUUAUGCACUUGGAAAUGGAAUAUGCAAUGAUUAAAGGAAAGUACAUGAAAUAUACUGAGCUGAAUCUAAACUUA